CCCAUUCUUGGCUAUUCUGGAAGAUUACUUUUUUCUUCUUAUCUAUAAAAUCUUUUCUUAAAGCCUAAGUUUUAAGAAAAAACCCUUCUUUCAAGUUUCAUGGGCUAUAUAAAUAUAUAUAUUAGCUUUCUGAAUUCCAUUUUCCGUGCCCGUGAUCAUGGAUCAUCAUACAGAUUUUGAUCAAGAUCAGGUUUCAAUCACAGUGGAUGAUCAUCAUCAAGAGAUUGUAGCAGCAGCAGCAGCUGAUUCGGAAUGCGAAUCUUCGAAUCCCGACGUCGAGAAAUUCGAGUUUUUCACAGGAAAUGGGAUGAUCAGAUUGGACGAGGAGAAAAAUGAGCACAUUGUAAUCAAGGAUAGCUUUUUAAUGGGAAUGAGAUUGCUUGGGAAGGAGAGUGAUGUUGUUGCUAUACAUAAGAACUUGUAUUCGAGUCGAACCGGGAUGGUGCGGAUGGAGGCGUUCCGUAUUUUCUCGGCUGCAGUAGCGGAGAAAUGCGGCGGAGACGCCAAUGUGAAGUAUGCAUGGUACGGUGGUUCUAGAGACGAAUUGUGUGAAAUAAUUGGUUAUGGAUUUAGUAGAUGCAAAGAGCCUCAAAAUGGUGUAUCACAUGGUAUUGGCAUCCACUUGUCUCCAACCAACGCUGCUAUUGAUGGUGCAAUGUUGGCGGAAGAGGACGACAAUGGGUUAAGGCAUAUGUUGCUGUGUCGCGUAAUAUUGGGUAAACCGGAAGUGGUUUCUGCCGGUUCAGGACAGUUUGAACCGAGUUCGGAAAAUUUUGACUCAGGAAUUGACAAUCCAUUGGCACCCAAAAAAUACAUAAUAUGGAGGGCUUACAUGAAUUCUCAUAUUUUCCCCAAUUAUAUUAUCAGUUUUAGGACCCCCAAGAAUUAUUAUUGUGUGAAACCCAAGUCACCAAGCAUGAAGUUUCCUAUGCUCUUGAAUGUUCUUUCCAACUUUCUAGAUCCUUCCAGAAUGAAGUUGAUUUCCAGAUAUUACAAGGAUUUUCGGGUUGAAAUGCCCAAGUUUAGCACAAUCUUCAACAUCCUAAAAAUGCUUUUUGAAGAAGCUAGAUUUCGAAAGCUCUUCUACAAAAAGUUGAAACAGAAGCAGAAAUUCUAUCAAACAGACUUAAAUGGUGUUUGUGGGUAGGUCGGCAUGGCUUGUGGUCGACUGUAAGUUUUGUUGCAUGGAGUCGGCCUUUCAGAAAAGUGCAGAUUUUAUUGGUUCACCACUGAAGUAGGUCGAUUCACGUUAAGUGCAAAGUAGGAUGUCAAAUGCAACGUAUGUUUUGAGUAAAGAGCGAAUGGUAGAAGAAGAUCGAAUUGAGUCUUGCCUAGAAUAGCACACCAAAUGUGAUUUUAAUCUUUUCAUUUUAUUAUAAUUGUGAAUGAAAGUUUAUUUU